AUUGAUAAAAAUUAUUAUCACUUUAAAGUUAACCUGCUUCCAAAACUAAAUAUUUAGUAAUCUGCGGGUAACAUGAAGUGUACAUUGGUUUUUGUUUUUAUUCUAGUUUUAUCAAAUGAACUAGAAUCGUUGUCUACGGCUAAUUUGAUAGCAACCUAUACAUCAGCUCGAAUUGUCAAUGGUUUCGAAGUCGACAUAACAGAGGUGCCAUACCAAGCGGUUUUACGACGGAAAGUGAUAUCAGGUUGGGCUCACUUGUGCGGAGCUACUGUCAUCAGUACAAGGACAUUGGUUACUGCAGCCCACUGUACUUCAAGCUAUGAAUUCGAACCACCUUUGUUGCGAGCAGUAGUAGGCACAUCAUAUCGCUUGAUUGGAGGCAAGACAUAUGAGUUGUCAAAGGUCAUCGUUCAUGAGCUAUAUUCGAUCACGACGUUAGAAAAUGACAUCUCUUUAGUGAUCACGACGAAGAGGAUGAUAUUCAGCGCUAGCGUUCAAGCUGCCGGUAUCCCCAACGCUAACUUCCUUUUGCCUGUGGGUUCAACUGCCUUAGUUUCUGGAUAUGGAAAUAUUUCUUCUACGGGAACGUCUUCUUCGGUACUUUUGGCAGCGCAAGUUAAAAUAGUUAAGCAGAGUACCUGCGCACGCGCAUACAUACGUAUCGCAGAUAUUACGCAAGGAAUGUUGUGUGCGACUGCUAAUAAUCCACCACGGGAUGCCUGCCAGGGAGACUCAGGAGGUCCUCUGGUGGUCAAUAACACGUUAGUCGGCGUAGUGUCAUGGGGCGAAGGCUGCGCCGAUAUGAGUUAUCCUGGAGUAUACACGAGGGUCUCUGAAUAUAACUCGUGGAUUAACAAGUAUUUAGAAAAUUAA